CACAUAUCAUUGCAAUGUGUUUGUGUGUGUGUGGAAGUAUUGACAAUUCAGUAUUCAUGACACAUAGUAUAUUAUUGAUAUUAAAUUAUAUACAAUUUUUUUUGACUUCUUGGUGUGCAGCAAUCAUCUGAUUAAAUAAAUAAUAAUUACGGCGACAAGAAACAAACACACAACACGAGCAAUAAGAUAAAUGAGAUUUUUGAAUUAAAUUGUGCUGAACGAGACGAUGACUAGAAUAGAAUAAAACUAUAAAUACUAAAAAAAUAUGUGUUACUAUGCGACUAUCAUUGAUUUGAAACUAAAUCAAUUAAACUUGUGAUUUUCAUUUCAUAGUGUUUUAUUUCCUUUUUGUCAUCCAAAGUGGUGCCUUGUUUUUUGUUUGUAUAUUUUUCGUGUGACAAUUUAUUUUCUUUUCUGUUUGCAAUAUUUGUGUUCAAAAAAUGUCUUGCUAUUUUAAACACCAACAAGAAACAACGAUUACGAUUCCAAGCAAUGUUGACAUAAGCGGUACAACGUACUACAAUAUUCAUGUGUCGAUUGGUAAUGUAAAUUGGACAGUACGUCAUCGCUAUAAAGAGUUUGUGGAAUUACAUACGAAACUUGUGAAUGGUCAAAGUAUCGGACGCGAUUUGUUACCACCGAAAAAGGUCAUUGGCAAUCGAUCGCUACAAUUUCUGGACCAACGUCAAAAAGAUUUGGAAAAAUACUUACAAAAAGUUCAAUUUUUUCUACAACAACACAUGUGCCGAGAAUUCGUUGAAUUUCUCGAGCUAAAUAAAUAUGACAUUGUUUAUUUACUACAAGAUUUGGCAAAUACAUUUUUCCAACAAUCCGAAUUAUUGUUGCAAUUUUUCAACAAACGAUAUGAAUUCUCGGUGCUUGAGGUGCAUGCCAUUUCCGAGCGAUUGAAAUUGCCAUGUCCGGCAAAUGAUACCAUUGAAAAUAUCUAUGAUUUUACGCAUGUGGUCGAUUUUUGCUCACAAAUUGAACGUUUAACCAUACGGCCAAGAAAUAAGCGAAUCAGCGAGUCGGCGUCAUUUUUUGUCAAUCAAAAUUCGCCGAUUGGCACGUCAAAUAUAUUUCCGGGGAGUUUAACUUUCGAUUUGGUGGCGUUCAAAAAUCUGAAAACAUUACAAGUAUUUGGUAUUAAUGUUUCCAACAUUACAAAUAUGGGAUCUUUACGUCAGACUAUACAACAAUUAGCUUGGCACAAUACAUCAGCAAUGCAAAUAAAUGAAUUUUUGCUAUGCGACCGCGUGCACAAAGACGAUGCUCACGAUGAGAAUAUUUGGCCAAAUUUGGAAAAUAUCAAUUUAUCAGACAACAAAUUAACCGUCAUUGAUUCGAGCAUUAAAUUGGCGCCGAAUUUGAAAACGCUGGUCUUGGAUCAAAAUCAAAUAAAAACCAUUGAAAAUUUAAGUAGUUUACCUUACAUGCAAACGCUCAGUCUUUGUGACAACCAAAUUGCACGGUGUAUUGAUUUACAUUUGAUUUUGGGGGGUAAUCUAAUCCAUUUGAAUUUAUCGCAAAAUAAUUUACAGUCAUUGGAAGGCUUUCGAAAAUUAUUCACUUUGGUAAAAUUGGAUGUGAGCUGUAAUGCAAUCGAUUCAAUCGAUGAAGUUGAUUAUGUUGCGAAUUUGCCAUGUCUCGAAGAACUCAUUUUGACUGGGAAUCCAAUUGCGGGAACCGUUGAUUACCGAUCAAGGGUUUUGGCACGGUUCGAUGAUCGUAUUAAUGACAUUUAUCUGGAUAAUGAAAAGGGAAAUGCGCAAGAAAUUGACACAGCGCUGGCUUUGUCCGCUCUACGACAAUCCGAAAAUCUCUCGGCGUUAAUGAAACAAACACAAAUCUCACCGAAUAAAUCUCUUAAUUCAUCCAAAAUUGGUGGCGUAGCAUGUGAUAGAGUGGCAUCCACAUCAGCAACGAAUACAAAUAAAAGCUGAAACAAUUCUAUUUUUUGUAUGAGCCUCAUUUUGAACCGUAUAUACAUAUAUUCUAUAAUUUUUAUUAUAAAUUGUAAUUUUCUAUUUGUGAUUCACAGCACGUGAAAUAUGUAAAUCUCGAUAAUCGAAUGAAUCAGGCAUAAAUAAAAAAAAACAAAAUUAUACUCAAUUUUAGUUUUGUAAUAAGUUACAUGAAAUUCCAUUCUUGUGUUUAUCGAUAAAACCUGUAAAUAAAUUGGGCCAAUAAAGUCUUUUUA